UAAAAAAAAUGAAGAACGAGUUCAUUCUAAACCUUGUGUCAUGUGUAAGGCCUAACUGGACUUCUGGAAGACCGUAUAAAAGGGCGCCAAGUUUUAGCAGACGACCACAGGGAAGUAACUCGUCUUAGGAGUGACCACUAGUUACAGACAUGUUCAUCCAAGCAGCAGCCACUCUUCUGGUCUUCGUUGCCGUGACCUUGGUUCAAGGUCAACAGGGCAACCCAGGUCCAAACUUUCCCAGUGGCCCUGGGGGUCAAGGGGGUCAAGGUUUUCAGAGUGGUUCAGGGGGUCAGCUGACUUCAGGAGGCCAAUUCCAAUGCCCCAACAACGAAAUGAGAAACUACGAACACAGCAGCGACUGCACCCAGUUCUGGCAGUGUGACGGGGGCGUGCCCACCUUGUCGUCGUGCCCACCUCAGCUGAUCUUUGAGCCCCGCAACGGUACCUGUGCCUUCCCAUGGCAGGUCCAGAACCCCAGAUGUCGGCCCGGAGGUAUGUGCGCCAACAGCCCACCCGGCUUAAACCCCAGCUUCGCCUAUGCCGUGGCUCACGAGCGUUUCUGUAACGCCUUCUUCAUGUGCUCGCUCAACUACCUGUUUGAACAAUGCGUUUUCUGCGGGGAGGGCAUGUACUUCAACGAGGGUGCCGGGGGUUGCCGUGACGCCCGAGGGGCCAACCUUGAAGUCGUCUGCCGAGGAAAAGAGAUUGUUGAACACAGACGUAAGGCCGAAAUCUCUAACGACCCCAUCUGUAAACUCAACGCUGUCCCCAGCAGCAGUUUUCCUACUAGCAGACCCCAGACGUUCACCACCCGCCCAUUCAAUGGCCGGAAGUAAAGCAGACGAUAGUUGCAGACGUGGGCGCUGUGACGUCAUGCUGGGUGGGAGGUAUUAUUGAAGAAGAUGGCCUUUACAUGCAUACUUUAAUAUUAUCGUUCUGAUAUUUUGUUUUGUAAGAAAUAAAAACGUUGAUAACCUAA